GCGCAGCGCGGGCCGAGGGCGGGCGGGCGGCGCGCGAACAUGGCGACGGUGCCCGUGUACUGCGUGUGCCGGCUCCCCUACGACGUUACCCGCUUCAUGAUCGAGUGCGACGCCUGCAAGGACUGGUUCCACGGCAGCUGCGUGGGAGUGGAAGAGGAGGAGGCCCCGGACAUCGACAUAUACCACUGCCCGAACUGCGAGAAAACCCACGGGAAGUCUACCCUGAAGAAGAAGCGGGCCUGGCACAAGCACGGCCCAGGGCAGACGCCCGACGUGAAGCCCGUACAGAACGGCAGCCAGCUCUUCAUCAAGGAGCUGCGGAGUCGGACCUUCCCCAGCGCGGAAGACGUGGUGGUGCGUGUGCCCGGCAGCCAGCUCACGCUGGGCUACAUGGAGGAGCACGGCUUCACUGAGCCCAUCCUCGUGCCCAAGAAAGACGGGCUGGGCCUGGCGGUCCCGGCCCCCACCUUCUAUGUCAGCGACGUUGAGAACUACGUGGGCCCGGAGCGGAGCGUGGACGUGACGGAUGUGGCCAAGCAGAAGGACUGCAAGAUGAAGCUGAAGGAGUUUGUGGACUAUUACUACAGCACCAACCGCAAGCGGGUCCUCAACCUCACCAGCCUCGAGUUCUCCGACACCAGGAUGUCCAGCUUCGUGGAGCCGCCUGACAUUGUCAAGAAGCUGUCCUGGGUGGAGACCUGCUGGCCGGAUGACGCGCUGCUGGCCAAGCCCAAGGUGACCAAGUACUGCCUGAUCUGCGUGAAGGACAGCUACACCGACUUCCACAUCGACUCGGGGGGCGCCUCCGCCUGGUACCACGUGCUCAAGGGGGAGAAGAUCUUCUAUCUCAUCAAGCCGGCUUCGGCAAACAUCUCCCUGUACGAGCGCUGGCAGUCGGCCGCGAACCACAGCGAGAUGUUCUUUGCGGACCAGGUGGACAGGUGUUACAAGUGCACCCUCAAGCAGGGCCAGACGCUCUUCGUCCCCUCAGGCUGGAUUUACGCCACGCUCACGCCUGUGGACUGCCUGGCCUUCGCGGGACAUUUCCUCCACAGCCUGAGUGUGGAGAUGCAGAUGAGAGCAUAUGAGGUGGAAAGGAGAUUGAAACUCGGCAGCCUGACUCAGUUUCCCAACUUUGAAACUGCCUGUUGGUACAUGGGGAAGCAUUUGCUGGAGGCGUUUAAAGGUUCUCACAAGUCUGGGAAGCAGCUGCCCCCUCAUUUAGUCCAAGGAGCUAAAAUUCUCAAUGGUGCUUUUAGAUCAUGGACGAAAAAGCAGGCUUUGGCGGAGCAUGAAGACGAACUCCCAGAGCACUUCAAACCCUCCCAGCUCAUCAAAGACCUCGCCAAAGAGAUCCGGCUCAGCGAGAAUGCCUCCAAGGCCACCCGACCUGAAGUGACCCCAGCCAUCUCCUCAGAUGAGGUCUGUUUUGGGGACCGGGAGAAGGAGGAGCCCCCAUCCCCUAUUGAGGCCAGCCCUCCUCGGUCCUUCCUGGAGAAAGUGUCCAAGAAAAAGACUCCCAAAACCGUGAAGAUGCCCAAGCCGUCCAAAGUCCCCAAACCCCCGAAGCCCCCGAAGUCCCCAAAGCCCCCCAAACCCCUAAAGCUCAAGGAUGGGAGCAAGAAGAAAGGGAAGAAGUGCAGGGGGGCGGCCUCACCCACCAUCCCCAACCUGGACCUGCUGGAGGCCCACACCAAGGAGGCGCUGACCAAGAUCGAGCCGCCCAAGAAAAGCAAGGCCACAAAGAGUGUCCUGAGUGUGCCCAACAAGGAGGUGAUCAGUUCACAGAAUGACGUGGAGAGGCUAGAAAUCCGCGAACAGACUAAAAGCAAGUCAGAAGCCAAGUGGAAGUACAAGAACAGCAAGCCCGACUCCCUGCUGAAGAUGGAGGAGGAGCAGAGGCUGGAGAAGUCUCCUCUGUCGGGAAACAAGGACACCAAGUUCUCGUUUUCCUUCAACAAGAGACUGCUGGGCUCCAAGGCCCUGAAGCCGCAGCCCGGGCCCGGCGUGUUUGGGGCCGUGCAGGGCUUCAAGGGAGACAAGCCCCAGCCCGUGCGGGACGAGUACGAGUACGUGUCUGAUGACGGGGAGCUCAAGAUUGACGAGUUCCCCAUCAGGAGGAAGCGGAGUGCCCCCAAGAGAGACUUGUCCUUCUUACUGGACGGGAAGGAGCCGCUGCCCACGCCUGUUACGAAGCCAAAGCUGGACUCGGCGCUCUACAAGAGUGAGGAGUCCUCUGAUGAGGGCUCGCUGCACAUCGACACAGACACCAAGCCCGCCCGCAACGCCAAAGUGAAGAAGGACGGCGGGGGCUCGGCCGCGGGCAUCCUGGACCUGCUGCAGGCCAGCGAGGAGGUCGGAGCGCUCGAGUACAACCCCAACAGCCAGCCCCCGGCCUCCCCCAGCACGCAGGAAGCAAUUCAGGGAAUGCUGUCCAUGGCCAACCUGCAGGCCUCCGACUCCUGUCUGCAGACCACGUGGGGCGCUGGCCAGGCCAAGGGCAGCUCGCUGGCGGCCCACGGCGCCCGGAAGAACGGGGGUGGCGGCAAGGGCGCCGGCAAGCGGCUGCUGAAGAGGGCGGCCAAGAACAGCGUGGACCUGGAUGAUUACGAGGAGGAGCAGGACCACCUGGACGCCUGCUUCAAGGACUCAGACUACGUUUACCCCUCCCUGGAGUCUGACGAGGACAGUCCGGUCUUCAAGUCUCGGUCCAAGAAGAGGAAGGGCUCGGACGACGCCCCCUACAGCCCCACAGCGAGGGUCGGCCCAUCGGUGCCCAGGCAGGACAGGCCUGUGCGUGAGGGCACCAGAGUGGCCUCCAUCGAGACUGGGCUGGCAGCGGCCGCAGCCAAGCUGUCCCAGCAGGAGGAGCAGAAGAGCAGGAAGAAGAAGAACACCAAGAGGAAGCCGGCUCCCAGCAUCCCCUCGCCCCCUGCCCCCGCCCCCGCCCCCGCCCCCGCCCCCGCCUCCGCCAGCACCACUUCCGGCUCCACCACCUCGGCCUCCACCACCUCGGCCUCUGCCACAUCGGCCUCCGCCACCCCAGCCUCCACCACCCCGGCCUCCACCACCCCGGCCUCCACCAGUACGGCCAGCAGCCAGGCCUCGCAGGAGGGCAGCUCGCCCGAGCCCCCACCGGAGUCUCACAGCAGCAGCCUGGCGGACCACGAGUACACGGCGGCCGGCGCCUUUGCAGGGGCCCAGGCUGGCCGCGCCUCCCAGCCCAUGGCCCCGGGGGUCUUCCUCACGCAGAGGCGGCCCUCCGUGUCAUCCCCCAACAACACCGCUGCCAAAGGAAAACGUACAAAAAAGGGCAUGGCCACCGCCAAGCAGAGGCUUGGGAAAAUUUUGAAAAUUCAUCGGAACGGAAAACUACUCCUUUAAAGUUUGGAAAGCCAGGAUCCUUCCGCUCCGCUCAGGACCCCCGGAGCCCCGCUAGAACAUCUGCCCCCAGGAGGGUGGCCACGCUGCCUCGCCCCAGGGAGGGCCUGGCUCCUACUGGCCACCACUCCCCCCGUACGAGCGGAGCUCACCAAUGUGGACAGAUGUCCUUUCUCAAGUUGCUUAGAGUGACCAGUUCCCGAAACUCGGCCCUGCCCGUGUGAGGACCAUUCCAGUUUCAGGACAGCCUCCAGGCACCCCCGAGUGUGGGUGUGAUUGCAGGGCCUCCGCAGCUCUGCUGGGAGCAUGAGUCCUUCGAGGAAGGAGGAGUGAGCCAAUGCUCACCAGGCCCAGAGUCUGAGCUGGCCACAGGCUGGUAGCCUCCAGAGGCUUAAAAAAGGCAAAGAACACUAGAGAGGAAGAGGAGGAGAAAGCGGGGUCUUGUGUGCCCCCCUGCUCUUCCUGAGUGAUUCUCAGACAGUCCAGAGAGCGUUCGGCCCGGCCGGGAGAGGGGCCUCUGUGUUCCGUGGCCAGCAAGUUGGCGGGCUGGACGGUGGACGCCGUGCCCUGACCGGCUGGGGCGUUUCUCGGGACGCUGGGGCCGGCCGCAGGGUCUGUGAUAGUGGGCGGGGGCGCUGUCGUGGGUCCCCCUGGAAGGGCCGGGCCCAGCCACGACAGGGGGAGGGGGCCUGGGAGCCCAGGCUAAGCCAUGUGGGUGGGCCCCGUCCAGCCCCACCGGCUACACUCGGAGAAGCACUUGUCAGCCGAGGCACCUGCCCGGCGGGGCGGACGGCGGCUGGGCGGCCCGAACUUCUGUCUCGUCACCUGUCGGUGUUUGGUGUCGAGGCCUCGGGCGGGUCCCCGACCGCACGUCCUCUGCCUGGCGGCACGGAGGGGCUGGAUUUGUUUCUCAGGCAAUCCUGUAUUUUAAUUUUAGAUGUACUUCCUGAAGCAUAUUUUUCAUAGAAUGUAGCGUGUACAUAGCUUUUUAAAUAACUUCUUUUUAUAAGAGUAAAAGUAUCUUUAGGAAUUUCUUUCUAUAGAGCCCUUCAUUAACAUUUAUACGAGUUUUUUGCCGAGUCUGAUGGGCAGUUGGGUUUCCAGUGCUUUUCCUUUCCUUCUUUCUUUUCACUGUUAUUGUCGAUAUAAUUUUUUUCUCUUAGGAACUAAGGUAUUGCCUGAAAAACAAGUGAUGUCUGUGCAGCCUUAUAUCUGUCUUUACAGAAGCAAAUCGCACGCACGAGACCUGUUCCAGAUGCGAUCAGAGAGGGUCUUCAACUCGAAUACCAGCUCUUUCUUUCCUUCCUGUUGGCGGAGGGGGUGGGGACGCAGUUAUUUUUACUAGCACCUUGUGGAGUGUUUCUGUGUUUUGUGAUGCUGUAAUUUAUUACUGUUUGUAGCUUUUUAUAUUUGUACAUUUCUUAUGAGCUUUGUUUAUACGCCCGUCCCCGGGCGCUGUGUCCGUGCGCAGAGGUGGCCCGCGCUGCGGGGGUGUGGCCCCGGCCCGGAGGCUGGCGGGAGGUCGCCGGCCCCAACGGAGCCACCCUGGCGUCUGCGAGGUUUCCUUUCCCGUCCUUGUUGAACAUUUAUAUAAUCUAACCCGGCCAUCAAGCUGUUCUCUUUCUCUCUCUCUUUUAUUUUUUAAAGUUUAUUAUUAUUAUUUGGCAACAUGUACAUUUCUAACAAAGUUUACCGUGGCUAUUAAAGUGUUUUAUUUCCUGAUUCAUAUUACUCUUGUAUCGAGUCCAUGAGGUCUAAGGCAGCUUAGAUCAAAGUUUUAAAAGAGUAAAAAUAUUUCAGGUUUUGUACAGAA